AUGGAGCUGUACCUCAGCGCCUGCUCCAAGGCUGCCAACGUCGCCGCCUCCAAGACGGCCACCAGCAGCCUGGCCGCCGACAGCCAGCAGUGCGGCGACGGCGCGCACAAAACCCACUUGCCCGGGGUCGGAGCGGCUCAGCUGCUGGAUCUGCCUCUUGGGGUCAAGCUGCCUGUGAUCCCAGGAAGCAAUACUUUGUACUAUACUACAAAGUUAAGUGAAAAGCUUUUUCAGCCUUCUUAUGGCUUUAACCUGACUGAUCCUUACUGUCGACUUUUGGAAAACCAGUAUAAAAGUCUCCAUGAUCCACAUUUAAGAGCGUACUAUAAGCGCAAAGAUAUCCUGAGGAGAUUAAAGAAAGGUGGCUACAUCACCAGCAAUAAUAAAAUUGUAUGUACCUUGAAGGAACUGAAUAAGUACAGGCAAUAUCUUACCAGUUUAAAAUUAGACUUUGAAAGAAACUAUAUAAGAGAACAAAAAAUGCUUGCAAAACAAGUAAAUAAACUACAGGAAAAUAGUCACAUACCUCAACAUUGUGAUGUUGCACAGUUCCAAAAUUGGUUGUUACAGGAGGGCACCCAAUCUAUUAAGGACCAGGAACGACUAAUAAGACACAGGUAUUUGGAUAUGAUAAGUAGGGAAUUAGAACAACUUGAGCACACAGCAGAAGAGCAGCGCCUGCUCCGGAUGGAUAGAGAAGAAAGACAACAGCGGGAACACACAAGAAGAAAACUGAUUCUUCGUCGAAAAAUUGAAGAGGAAUGGAAGACAAAAGAGAUGUUACUUCUGACAAGGAUUGGAGAAGAUGUUAGAAGGGAAGCUAGGAUAGAGGAACAACGGCGUAGAAGCAGAGAAGAGAGUGACAGGAAGAAACAAGCCCUUCUAGAGAAAAAAAUGGCUUAUCAUUUACAAAAAUUGCAAGAAAAUGGCUUUAAGAGAGAUGAUAUGAGAAAAAAUACAUUUGAUUACAGAGGACAAGAUGGAACACAUUUUGAACCUUCUUCUCCAAAGAAGAAAAAGUUUUCUGAAGAUAUAAAGUUAAUUUAUUCUAUUGGUGACCAGAAAGCAAAUAAAGGAGGAUAUGGACCUGCAGCAAAUGCCAUUCAUCGAUCUCUAAGUAGUUCAAAGAAUGUUGUCAAAAACUCAGCAGCUGCGGUUGUUUGUCAGCCAGACAUACAACAUAGUGCUACUAAACAAAAGAAAGAUGAAGUGAUAACUAAAAAAUCAAGUCUUCUUGAUGAUAGAGGAGCUAUGUACAUCUCAGCUCGAGAUUCAAUUAUUUCAGCUCAAACUUCACCCACAAGAGAUUUUCCUAGACCUUCGCAGUCUUAUUUGGAUCCUCCCAAAGAUGAGAAGGAGAUAAAUGCUGAUUGGAAUGAAAGAGCAAACAGGAGACCAAGCUACCUCUGUGAAUCAGGAACUCAGGCUCGUGCCGGAGGCCAGAGUAUUUUCACUUCUCGUGUUUUCUCAAAUAUACAACAGAACCUCCUGCAAAAUUGUUUUCAAGAAAAAGUAACUUCUGAAGAACUAAAUAGUAUAAUUCAGAAUAUAAUGACCUGGGUUGUGGCUACAGUGACCAGUAUAUUAUACCCAGCCAUCACAAAGUAUGAAGAAAGGUUGCGAAAUAAUGCGUACCCAGUAUCUGAUGACUCUAUCCUCUCUUCAGAUAGUUCGAGUUUCUGUAGCACAUGCAGUGAAGAAUUUACAUAUGGAAGCUACACAUCUGCAACAACUAAAACAUUUCAGGGAGAGCCCUGUGCAUUUUCAGUUGACAUAUCAGUAAGGCAACCAACGACACCUUUAAAACCACCUGCUGCCCAUGUGGAAAAAACAGUUGUGGGAAAAACAUAUCACAUGGAAGGACAGUCUAGAACAUCUAAACUCGAAUAUAAUAAAACCAGCAUGACAUAUGCAUACCCUAAGCUCAGAAGCUGUAAAUCUGAUAGUUACCUUUUAGCAUCAUUUGAAACAGGCACAAAAAAAUCUAAGGAUGCUACCACCGAAACAGAUGGCUUAGAGAGUCCACAGUUUUCUGAUCAAAAAGCAAAAGCGAUGAAUGAAAUGAAGAAUUUAAAGAAUGUUUUUGUUAACUUUAAGUGCCACUUAAAAGGGGAAACUGAAUUGAUUUUAGAAAGCAUUUUUCAAGAAAUGAUGUCUGAUUUAACACAGGCCAUUCCCUCUAUUUCUUCGGUUACUGCUGAAGUUUUUGUUGGCCGAAGUGAGCCUGAAAAAGGUGACUUGCUCUCCAAUGUUGAUAUCUGCUCAGUAGCUUCAGAGAUUGUGGAAAAUAUGCUUGAGAAGCUACAGUCUGCUGUUGAGAAAAAAUGUGUAGAGAUAUUUUCACAAGAAGAUUUGUCAGUUAACGUUAAACCAAGCUUAACCCCCAGUGGAGGAUAUCUCACUCCGUCAAAUGGAAAACCUUUAAAAGCUUCACUGCCUUUGGACCCCAUGUGUGAUAUUGCAGAGGAUAUGGUCUGUGCCAUUCUGGAAAAGCUUGUGACUCUUGCAUCUUGUAAGCAAAAUGAACUUCCCCAUCUUGAAGAUGCAACUAAACCUUCCUAUCAGCAACAUAUGAUAGACCCAAAAGCUGACAAAAAGUGUAGUCCUGAACCUGGUACAACUAAUUUAAUUGUUAAAGAAGAGAUACAAAAUUUAAUAUCAAAUAUUUUUUCCCAGUCCUCUUUGGUUGGCCAAAUAGAGGAAGCAAUCAGCACUAUACUAGGAUAUGUACAAACUGAACUUGAAAAUGAGAGACUUAUUGCAUCUGAAGAAACAGUAGUACUCCUCCAGCUACUUGAUGAUAUCUUCACUCAGCUACAUCAGGAGCCAGUAAUAGCAGAUGUUCAAAAAUGUAAACACUCUAGACUGAGAAAUCCUUCUGACACUGAAGAAAAGUACAGACUCACUGCCACUAGAUUAUCUAAUGGUCCUAGGUCUGGAAGACCAUUUCCACCUAUUAAUGUUCCUGGCAUGGUCCUUUAUUCUGAAGAUGACAAUGAAGAAAUAGACAAAAUUGUGGAAAAUGUGCUUGAUUCAUCUUUCAAAGAUGAAAAAGUAAAAUCACAAGAACAGAUUCCUGAGCAUUGGUUUACAAAAGGAAACACUUGUAUUCAACACAAAAGAAAUAGCAAACCGCCUACAAAGCCUGCUUCUGGAAGAAGCAAAGUUGCAUUUCACAAUGGGGAAUUAAAGACUGACCUACCACCUUUUAAUAAUAAAGAAAUUUUAAAGGAAAAACCCUGUUUGAAUAAAGAUAUUUUGAUUUUCAGCCAAGAUCAAAAGCAUCAAAUACAAAGGGCUUCAGAAAACAUAGUUAAAAGUAUUUUAACAGAAAUGCUCAAGGACCUAUCUUCUGUUCCUCCUGGUCACUUAGACAGUAAAACUGGCAAGGAAGCUUCAGUUCUUGUUUCAGAAAAACCUCAAGGACUGUCACAUCAAGAAUGGAUGGACCAGAUGUUCUCUGUGUCAGAAAUUACUACAGUGGCUCAGGAAAUAACAGAUGCUGUGUUAAAUAUACUUCAUAAGGCAUCAAGCUGCAUUUCCCAAACCACCAGAAGUUCCAUUUCAUCAUCAGUUCAUCAAACUUCUCUAGAUGAUAGUUCUGACACUCCCCACCUGGUCAAAGAAGCACCAAAUAAAAAGCCAUUAAAGUUAUGGUUUGACAGUGAAAAUAAAAUGAAAUACUUAUCUUCACUCAAUGGAGAUCCUGCAAAGCCUUCCCUGUUAAAAUCAGAAGAAAGUGCACCAAAAGCUAUAGAUGACAUUACCGAUAAGAUCAUUAAUACAGUUUUUAAAAGGCUGAAGUUAUUCGUUUGUUCAAAAUUGCAAAUGUGCUUCAAACAUUCACCUGCAGAGCAAUCGUCAUUACAAUCUCAACUUAGUACUUAUACAACUAAAGUGGUAAACAUUGUUUUGCAUGCUAUUCAAAAUGAACUGGAACUCAAUAAGAAAAAAAUAAAUCUUAGAGAAAUAGACCACAUCAAACCCGUUAAACGUAAAGGAUUUUUUGCUGACACUGAUAACUUAGAAUCUCUUGUCCCAAAUCUCAAUGAUGACAUUAUGGCAUCUCCAUUAUUAACUUGUAUUUGUGAAAUUUUAUCAAGUGGACAUUCAGAUCAAAGCAAUAUUUCACUCUCUUCAGAUAAGUCAAGGCCCACAAUUUCAUAUGGAUCUGACAAUGUUGAUAAACAAAACAUUUUGCCAAGGAGGCAGGAUAAAAAAUCUUUUUUCCAAUAUUUAGCUACUCCAUGUGCUCUCCAUAGUGUCUUUAAUGAAAAAGAUCUCAAAGAGAAUGCCAGACUGCAAGUGUUAGAUAGUAUUGGGGAAACAGUGUAUGAAAUGUUAUGCAAGCUCAUAGGAGCCCACCCUCACUGUCAGCCAUCUUUUAGUGAGCUAAACAGAGAGAAGAUGAAUGACAAUCAGCAAACAGCUACUAAAUUGCAGUCAAAUAUUCAGCUCACUUCCAAAACAAUUUUGGAAUAUAUCCUGGCAAAAUUAUGUAGUGUUGACACGGAUACCAGUUUUGCAAGUUCUGGAUUUAAAGCUGUCUCAGAGUCUCUUGAUAUUGACAGCCUAUCGUUUGCCUCAGUUAUUGAGGAAAUAGCCAAAUGCACUGAUAUAAUCUCCAGCAUAGUUUCCAGGAUGGUUCAGGAGGAUAGUAAAGAGGUGACUAAAAGCAAGGCAAAAACUGUUGCCCGUGUGCCUUCCAAAACAGGGAGCUCAAAAGAAAUGCAUCCAAAUAAACUGAAGGCUGUGGCUUCAGAUAUUCUCAGUAUGGUUUUUGCUAAACUGGAAGGGUUUGCCAAUGGAAAUUUAGAAACUCUGGGUUCUAUUAAUGAUGGAAAUAAAAAAAGCAAUAAGAUGCAUUUGGAAUGUGAAAGUCCUAGUGUUUUCACAGACACACAUGAAGGACUGUUGCAGUCUGCUUUAUACAUGAAUGCAAAGAAGGUAUCAAGUUCUAUUUUGAAAGCUAUUCAAACAGAAUUAAAUAUGAACUCAUUAGAUUUGAGGACAAAUGUAAAACCCCCACCACCUGAGAAACAAAUGCUUAAGAAUAUAGUCAAUUUAAUUUUAGAUGCAGUUUCCUCAGAUAUAUUUAAUGAAACUGAAUCUGAAGAGAGAGGCAUUGAAACUUAUCGAUACAGGCCAACCUAUGGAAAUUUUCUUCCUGGAGGAGCUGAGUCAGAUUCGUUUCUAGAAGAUGCUGCACAUACAGAGAAAGAAUUCAUUGGAGAGAGAACAUCACUAAGAGAAGAGACUAAAUCAGAUUCUCUUAAACAAUGGUUUCUAGAAAGAACCUUAAACAAGAUUGAAGUGAAACUCAAAGAAACACAGAAAUCUCCAAUUGUUCCUAUUAUAAGAAAUAUUUUGAAUGAAAUUUUUCAAAGUGCUUUGGUCAAUCAAUUAAAUGUGCUUCCUCUCUCCCACUCUCAUUUAAGUGGCAUCCCUCACAAUGUGGAUGAGCCAAUUGCUCAAACAUCUGUUCAAUUUACAGAUAAAAUGAUGGGUCCUUUAGUGUCUGAAGCAGAUGUAAAUAUAGUGGCAGAUGAUGUUGUUAGAACUAUAUUUCAUAAACUUUAUUCAGCUGCCAUAACAGAGAGAAAUGCAAGUGGAAAUCAGUAUAAAACUGUCACCUUUUCAGCAAAUGUUUCUUUUCAUGAACACACCUAUGGAGGAAAGUCCUCUUUUACUGUGCUGGGUAAGAAUCCAUGUACUCUUCAGCCCAGAUUCAAUGUUGACAAACAGACCAAAGUAAAUGUAGUUGAAGAUAUUGUGCAGGCAAUCUUAACAAAUUUAGAAACUUUUGCUACUUCCAAAGUAAAAUCUCUCCUUUGUCCCCAAAUCGACUUCACCAUUCCAAUGGCAUUACCUGUUCAGCAGGAUAAGGGUGCAUUAAGCAAAGCAUUAUCAGCCAAAGAUUCAUAUUCUGUCGAUCAAUUUUCCUGUUGCUCAGUGGAUCAUAUUACAUCAGAAAAGACCAAUUCAUUUUGUCAACUCCCUUUGAAUAAAUUAAAUACGUAUGCAACAGAAGUGGCCAGAAAAAUUUUACAAGGAAUCAAACAUGAGUUAGAUAAAGAAAGGGAAAGUCCUUUCUUAACUCAUAACAUUGUGGUUUCUGAAAGUAUUGCAAGUCAGAUUGUUAACACAGUGUUAGAUAUUGUAUCAUCUAAAGGCAUAUGUGACAAAAACAAUUCUGACAAAGAGAUUGAUUCAGAUAAGCAUGAAGGUAUUAUUGAAAAGCUGUUUAAUAAGACUGAAUAUCGAAAAGUACUUCAGUUUAAAAUACAAGAUACCAUUGAAGAUAUCUUAUGUGAUAUUUAUGAAAAAACAUUGUGUCAGAAUAAUCUCUCAUUUGCCACACCCACUCUGAAAUGUAGCAUAGCUGGUAAACAUUCCCCAGCAAAUUCUGAAGUGUUCAUUGAGGGUACAAAUAAGAUUAUUUCAAAACUUUCAGUUCCUAAAUCAGAUGUCAAUUUGGUAUCCAAUGAUAUAGUGGAUAUUGUUCUCCGUAAUCUCAGUUCUGCUGUCAUGCUUGGCAUAAACACAAAGGAUCCUACUUCUGCAAAAUUGCCCCUGAUGUUUUGUGAUAUAUUUCCAAAAGCAGAGUGUCAACAGCCUCCUCUUAUGGAGUCAAAAAGUGAAGAGAAAACAGAGUGUUUUCCAUCUUCAACAAAUCUGAAGUUAGUCUAUGCUGAUGAUAGUCAGAUAACUGUAGUAGAGAAAGAAGACACCAAGAAAUUUGCUCCUGACCCAUGUGAGGAAAAUGCUAACUUCAUCACUAAAACUAUUUGCAAUCGGUUAGAAUCUUUUGCCAAAGAAAGAAUAGAUUCGUUAAUUACUCUUGCUUUCCAGCCUAAAGAAAAGUCAUUUGUUAGCCCGGAACUGGAAAAUUGUAAACAAGAUGACAGCUUUUUUCAUGAAUCAAGCCAAUUGGAAUCAAAUGUGGAUGUCCUGAAAAUAUCAACUGAAACUAUUCUCAGCCAAGAGCUCACAGAUUCCACUUUUGCCAGUUACAGAGAAAAACUUGGAUCCACAAUUCAUCUAUCACAAGCUAGUCUUAAGGAAUAUGCUGACAUCAUUGCCAGUGCCAUUUUGAAGCUUGUUAAAAAUGACUUAGACCUAGAAAUCCAAAAGACAUAUCCAUAUCCAAACAAUAUUUCAUUCCAAGAAAGCAUCAUUGUGAGUGAAAUUGUCAACAGUAUCUUAAAGAUUUUAUAUGAUAAAAGAUCUGUAAAGGAAAUUAGUUUUUACUCAAAAGACAAUCCUAAUUUAUUUUCACAACUAGCUGUAUCAAAUGAAAUAUUACUGGGACAAAGAGAGCAGGAAAAAAGCACCAAACUAUCUCUGUUUCCAAAGUAUCCGUUAGAACAAAACCAAACGACAUUGGAAAAGGAAAGCCAGAGAAUUGUUUUGGAAGAGAUAUUUAUGAGAAAUGGAGAAUCAAAACAAAAAGAAAAAACUGCAUUGCUCAGUGCAGUGGAAGAAGUUUUAAAUAAAGUAUAUCAAAGAAUAAUGGAAAUCAUAGGCCAUUUGCCUCCAUUUAAUGAAAUCCCUCACUUUAAUUCUAAAAUUAAAACAUCAGACAUAACACGAUCACAUAUUAACAGUGCAGCAAAGGAUAUAGUUGAAAGUGUUUUAGGGAAAAUGUACUCUGUAGUUGUGACAUCAUUAUACAAAAGUAAUAAAAAAGUAGAAGCAUCUGACAACAAUGAUAACUUACCCAAGAAACCAUCAUGCAUCAGAGAAGCUAAACAAGCAGGAAAAGUAAGUAAUCCCACUAGCAAUGUAAUACCACAGGUUUAUCCUUAUGCAGGCAGUCGAAAUGUCUCUCCAUUGGAAAACACUUUUUUGCAGUGUUCACCAUUGCAAGUGGGAAAGGAUUUAGUCCAAAUGGUUCUCAAUAAGAUCACAAAUUUUGCCUCACUUCAUCUAGAAGAGAAUUUUUCUAAAGUGAGCCCUAAAGGCAGCCCUAAGGCAGGUUUUAAAACAAGUUUAAAAGCAAGAUCAAAAGUUACUCCUUUGCCUAAAUUGAGAACAAAACCACAACUAGGAUCUAGUAGUGCUAAGGCCAAAAGCAAGACCAAGUUAGGUCCUGGAGACAAGGCUCCAAAAGACAGCCGAUCCAAGACUGCCAUGGGGCUGCCACAUAUCCUAUCAACAGGAGAUGCCAAAAACCUACCGGAAACCAAACUGCCCACUUCAGAACUACAAAUAUAUGCCAAGGAUAUAGUAAUUAAUAUCCUGGAAACAAUUGUGAAAGAAUUUGAAAAGGUGAAGCAAACUAGAGCAAUGGUAAAUGUUAAAGCUUUACCAUCUGAUCAAAUCAUGGCAGCAAGUAAAAUAGUAAAUACAGUUUUACAAGAAUUAUAUGCUAUAAAUAACCAGAAUUUGGCUUAUCUGAUCAAAUCUUCACAUCUGGAUGAUCUCAAACUUUCACAGGGAAAUAUAGGUGGAGGGUCUAUUGCCAGUCCACAGGCAUGUUUUUACUUGGAAAAUGUUUCUUCACAGCUGGAACAGAUUUUUCCAAAAGAAGGUAUUUUUAAAAAAAUGUUUGACAAAUGGCAAGCAGAAUCAAGUGACAUGGAAAAUGAAAAAUGUAAGCUGUUGAAGACAGCUGAAAAUGUUUUGACUGAAAUUUCAAUAAAAACGAAGAAAUUAGAAUAUUCUCUUUCACUUUUAAAUUUGCCAUAUCUUGAGGAUUGUGAAAGCAUGCUCCAUAAUCGUUUUAAAGGAGCUUCUCCUAGAGCUGAAGAUACCAAAGUACAAAUUAAUAUGUUUGGAAGGGAAAUUGUUGAAAUGCUAUUUGAAAAAUUACAGCUGUGCUUUUUGUCCCAGAUAUCCACCCCAGAUAGUAAAGAAACUCUAGUAAGUAGGAAGGAACACAUUACUACCAAAAGUAAAUAUGGUUUUCCAGCCAAGGACAUCCUCGGCAGUGUACCAAUCUAUAACACGAAGACAAAAGACCAAAUUUCUUUGGGUUCUAGCAACCAAAUUGUUCAAAAAAUUGUUGAAAGGGUUUUAAACAUGUUAGAGUCAUUUGUAGACUUGCAGUUUAAACAUAUCUCUAACUAUGAGUUUUCUGAAAUAGUGCAAAUGCGUAUAGAAAACUUUUUUCCUGUCCAACAGAGACUAUUAAGCAAAAAAAUGUUGCCAAAGUUACAACCCCUUAAAAAGUUUUCUGAUGAAUCCAAGUCAAGUACUAUCAUUUCCAAGGAAAGUGUGCAGAAUACCCUUCUACAGUUUCGUUCAUUCCAAUCAGAGUUACUUACAUACGCUGUUAACAUCGUCUGUGACAUGCUUGGUAUAAUUAAGAACAAGCUAGACAAGGAAAUAAGCCAAGUGGAACCAUCUUCAAUUAGCAUAUUGAAAGAGAACAUUGUAGCAAGUGAGAUCAUUGGCACACUGAUGGACCAGUGUACUCAUUUCAAUGAAUCCCUGAUCAAAAACCUUCCAAAGAAAAGUUUGUUCCAAGGAGUGGAAAAUACCUACGUUGUUAAUCAGGCUGAAUUAGCAACUAGUAUGAAAAUGCCCAUGUCAAAGUUAAAGAAAGUUAGUUUUGGGAAUAAUCCUCCACAAAUCAGUGUACCCAGUUUGGUGGUUUAUUCAGAAGAAGAUAUGAAAAAAAAGUAUAGGGCUUCAUCAAAUUUACCCUCGUAUGCCAGAGCCUCUGUAGAAGACACAAUUAAAAGCUCAGAGCCAAUGGACAGGCCUGAUUUAGAAAAUACACCAUCACGCUCUAGCAACAAAGUACAAGAAGACUUCAGCCCAAGGGAAUCUAACUUUGGCCAUUUUGAUCAAGCCAUGAAAGGAAAUAGCUCUCUCCCUGAAGGCAGUGUCCUACAAAAACUGUUGAAGAAAGCAAAUGAAUCCACAGAAGCAGCCUUAAAGCAAGCCAUGUCAUUCAUAGAACUGGGAAAAGGUGAAAAUCCAAGAGUGUUUCAUUAUGAGACCCUAAAACCAGUUGUUGAGCCAAACCAAAUUCAGACAACCGUUUCUCCACUCAAAAUAUGUUUAGCUGCAGAAAAUAUCGUCAAUACUGUGCUGUCAAGCUAUGGCUUUCCAAGUCAACCACACAAUAAUGAAAGCAUGGAAACAAUGAAACCAUUUUUCAUAUCAAAGCAAAACCCUUUGACUGUAACUUCUGGAGGACAAAAGAAUGAGGAGAAAACUUCACUUAGAAUGUGGAAUAAAAGAAUCAGCUGUAUAUCUGAAGAAGAAAACAAAAAACCUGAAGCCAACAGGGGAGAUUUUUCUUUAUUGCAAAAAUGGGAGAAUAAGUGGUACCCCGAGAUAAGGACCCUGAAGGAAGUUGAAGUCAUUGCUUUUGCUGAUCAUGAACUGGGUCCAAAUGAAAUUCAUUUGAUAGCAAGACAUGUCACCACAUCUGUGGUCACAUAUUUCAAGAACUUUGAAACUAGAGUUUCCAAUGAGGAGAAGAUAUCUAUUAUUUCUACAUUUCCAAGGAAAAAAGAUGAAUCAAAACAGCUUCUAAGAAGCAUAUACAAGGAUUCUUCACUUUAUCAAUUUUGUGAACAUCUCACUGAGUCUGUCAUUUGCCAUUUACUUUCAAGCAUUUCUGAUAGCACCAGAGAUGGUAGAGAAAAAGAGAAAGCAUGGGAAAGCCAAAAUGCAGCAUUUAACAAGAUCAUUUCAAUUGAUACUCAAGUGUUUGAGAACAGGUCAAUUUCUAUUGGAGAACUUGCUUCAAAUAUUUCUGAAAUCAUUAUUGAAAUCCUUUUUAAUAGUAACAUUAUAGAGGCUGACAUUGCACAGCAAACGUUGUCUUUAAAAACAAAGUACAUGUACUGCCCAGGAGUAGCUGCUGCUGACUUUGAUGAUCUCUUUCAGGAUCUCUUAAUAGGAGUGAUUCAUGUACUAUCCAAAGAAAUAGGAAUAAGUCAUCACCUUGAAAGCACUGGAAGAAAUAAGUCAUUUUCCAUGCUUAGAAGCAAUGGUGUGCCCAUUUGCGACAAAACAAGUACAAUGGAAAGACAAAAAGGCUCCAGAGAUUGGGAAUCAUCUACUCACCAAAUUGAUCAUCUCAUUCAGAAAAAUAAAUUAAAUUAUCUGGCAUAUAAGUUAGACAGUCUGGUUGGUAGCCUAAAAACUCGUGAAUCCAAAGAAGUAGUCAAUAAAGUUUUUAAUAUUGUUUUAGAUUUAUUUUUACCAGAUGAACACCCACAUGAGGCUAUGGAUUCUGAUAAAAAAGCAAGAACAUUUUUUUCAUCCUCAAAUGAUCAGAAAAGUAAUAGCAUACUUGGAAAUAACUUAGAGAUCACUCCAAAAUCAUUUUUUCUUCUCAAUGUUGUGUGUGAAAAACUUAUUAGAACACUUUUGGAAAAAUGCACAAACCCUGUCUUUGUUGAUAAUUUAACUCUUUCUGAUGGAAUAUCAGCAGAAGAAUGUCAGCUUUUAAAAAUACUUCAAAGUGUAGAAGAUGAAGAAUUUGAUUAUUGUAAGGGAGCAAUGGACUGUGAACAAUUUCAAGGAGAUUAUAUGUCACACCUAUUGGAAAACCCGGCAGAAAUGGAUCAGAAUUUAUUGUCAUCAGACUCUAUGCUUACUAUUAUUUCCCACAGCUUGGUUAAAUCAUUGAUGGACAAACUAUGUCACAGUAUACAACUCCCCAAAAGUCCACCUUGUACAAACAAGCAUUUAAUGUAUAGAACAAGAGAAAUACAGUCUAGUUUCAUAAAAGCAAAAGCGGCAGAAUUAACAGAAUUGGGACAAGGUAAAGGCUCUUUAGGAUUCAUGAGUUACAACAGUAAUGCUUUGACAGGAUCCUUGAAUAAUCCCAGUGUGAUUAGCUCCAAAAUACAAGCACCAUUUGGCAAGAAAUGUUCAGUAAAUUCCUCUUCUGUGUCACUUCUUCUUAAAAGACAGGGAACAAAGGAUAUGGAUACAAUAGCCAUCCAUAAUAAGCUGUAUCCAGGAGAUAUGAAUACAGGUAUUUAUUCAGCCACAUUUUUGGAGGAAAUAAUUUCAGAACUGUUUUUUAAUCUCUCUACUUCACUGUGGGGCAAAAAUGAAAACAUCACUGAGGCCCGGCUCAAUGAGAUGAAUACAUUAUUUGUCUCCAACGUAGUGAAUGAGUUUAAUAACGCACAAGUCACUGUUUUACGGAAUGCUGAAGAAAGGCUGUGUUUUCCACCAAUCCAUAAAGAAGCUGUUAGUAGGAUUGUUGGUUCAGUUUAUUGUGAUGUUUUACAGCAAUAUAAAUUGAUAGUGACCUGUGGUAAUAAUCUGGCACAUGACAAUAACUCAAUAGCUGAACAAAUAACUAAUGGCAUAUUGUUAGAGAUUUUAGACUACCAACUCCCAUCCUGCUUCAGGGGAAAGCUCAUACCUAAUUCAUAUUACCCUCUUGAAGCUGAAAUUAUACUACAGAAACUUCAAAAUAACCUGAGAGAAUUUACUUCCCAACACAGAUCUUCAAAAGGCUAUAGCACCAUGUUGUCACACUCAUUUUUAGAAGAUAUUAUCAGAAGACUUUUAUCUCAACUCAUUCCUCUACCCAGUAAGGCUUCUUCUUUGGGAAACAAAUAUUUCAUGAGUUCAGAUUUUAAUGACAUGUCUACCUGUAUAAUAAAUAAGGUUAUAUCAGCCAUUUCAAAACAUAGAAUUUGGUUCACUAUAUAUAAUAAUCAAUAUCUAUGCACAGGAAAAAACCUCCAGAAGAUGGUGGAUUCUGUUUAUGGCAAUCUUGUACAAAUGUCUGACUCUCUUGAUUCAAUACAGAAAAGUAUAAUCAGCCAAAGUCCAAUUAUGCUUGACCGAAUAGCCAGUUUUAUUAUCCAAGAGAUUAUUGAAAAUCAUCUUCAGCCGUUUUUGUGUGGAGAAGAUUUACCUCGUCCAAACACUCCAUUGGAUGCAAUAUCAAAUAUGGUUAAACAGGUUCUCAGUGAAGUCACAGAGUCACACAGACCCCAGACACCAUCACCCUUAGGUAUUUACCCUCACACAUUUGUAGGGGAAAUUGUUGCCAGACUUUUAUCAAAGAUUUUCAGUCUAAAGCAUAACACUGCAAUUGAACUAGAAAACAUGACCCAAAAAAUAGUAAACUCAAUAAGUAACCAUUUUGCCAAAGCUAAAAUUCACAUUCUAUAUGAUGACAAAGAACAGUCUUACUCCUCUGUAGAUACAGAUAUUGUAGAUGAACUCGUCACCUCAGUUUAUAGAAACGUUUUAAAACAGCAUGGGAUAGACCCUGAGGUUGAUAAAGAGUCUCAAGACAGUGAUAUUUUUGUGGAAAAUAUUACCAAUUUAAUUGUAGCAGCUAUUACAGAUUAUCUUGUUCAUCCACUGUUUUCUGGGGAUUUGUCAUCUUCCUAUUCUAUUUCAACAGCUGAGAAUAUUUUUCAGGACAUUCUUAGUAACAGCAGUAAAUCUACCAAGCCAAGUCAGUGUUUAUCUCCAUAUAACACCUUGCUGCCAUAUACAUUUUUAGAAGACAUGAUCAGAGUACUAUUAUCUAGGAUCUUUCCUUCUGCAUCUAGCAUUGUUCCAAACAGAGAAACUCCAAAAGAUAGAUCAAGAGUGAAUUUCAAUGAAAUUGCUUCAGAGAUAAUCAGUGAUAUUAGGAUGAAAAUUUCCCAACAUGAAAUUCGAUUUUCAAAAGAUGAAGAAGACACCAACUUUGUGUAUUCAGAAGAUGAUGUUCAGCAUCUCGUUGACUCAGUAUUAAAAAAUAUUUCACAAAACUCUGAGUCUCAAGAAUCAGUUGAGCAAAAUAUCACAAGCAGUAAUGAUGUUCUGAUUGAUAGAAUAGCAGGUUUUAUCAUUAAACAUAUCUGUCAACAACAUCUUCAGCCAUUUGUGGAUGGGAGGUCAUUACCUUCUUCAUCAUACACAUAUUUUGAUGAUGAGAGAAGGCAGUGGUUUUAUGCCAGUGUUUAUUCCUCAACUUUUUUGGAAGAUGUGGUCUCUGGGGUUUUAAGCAAAAUAUUCCACAGGGUGUUAGGCGUUGUACAAACAAAAUCAGUAAGAGACUCAGAAGAUGAACUGUUUGAUAAAGUUGAAAAACUCAUACAUUUGAUAGCAGAGGAAUUUUCAAAAGCCCAAGUUAGCAUUCUAGAGAAUGCUGAGGAACAAUGGUGUUUGCCUCCGGUGGAGAGGGAUGUAGUCAAAAACAUUAUUGACAUGGUGUACAGCAAAGUUUUGCAAGAAUAUGAUAUGGAAAUAAUGCCUGAUAAACAUUUUCUAAAUGACACAAAGACACUGGCUGCAAAGAUCACUAAAAUCAUCCUGGCUGAAACUUUUGAUUUCCAAAUUCCUCCAAAUAUUAUAGGAAAGCUUCCUUUUAAGUCACACUCCAAACUCAGUACUAAUGUUUUGAUAAAGAGAGUUCAGUGUGACAUUACUAAAUCAAGGUUCAAAAGACAGGCUUCAACAAUGUAUACUACUAUGUUAUCACAGACCCAUUUGGAAAAAAUCAUCACUCAGCUUAUAUCUCAGAUGAGUCCAUUGGCCUCCAGUGCAGAACACCCAGAUACUUGUCAAUUAGGUUUAAGUAAUACAGUCAUAAAACUGAUAAAUGAAAUCAUGUCAAUAAUUUCAAAACAUGCAAUAUGUAUUAUUAAACAUGGGAAUGAAAAACAAAGUAUGAUUUCAGAAAAAGAUAUCCAGUCUAUGGUUGAUUCCAUUUAUGCUGACCUUUCAUGUUCAGAUGUAUACCAGUCUCUUAAAAAAGAUAAAAAAUGUAUAAGUAACAUACCUGUUCCAAAAAUAGCAAGUUUUAUAAUAAAAGAAAUCUUUAACCAUCAUCUUCAGUCAUUUUUAUCUGGAGAUAAAACUCUUCUUUCAGCUGCAGUUGAUCAUACUUAUAAACAAAAAGCAAUAGAUCAUAAACAAAGAGAGUUGUCUGUCAUUGUGAACUCGGCUGUCUUUUUGGAGGAAGUAAUUUCUGAGCUUUUGUGUCAACUCCUUUAUGGAUUCUCUUAUAAUGUCUUGGCUGCUGAAAACCCAGAUACAGUAAAAGCCAAAAUUACUGGCAUUGUUACAACAUUAGUAAAAUCAAUUGUUCUGGAGUUCACCACAUCAGAGAUUUUAGUUGCAGAUAACUCUGAUGAUGAUAUGUGUUUUUCAGAGGGAUAUAAAGAAAUGGUUCAAAAAACAGUCAACCUAAUUUAUGAAAAAAUAUUAGAUGAAUAUAAAUCUCUGAUUCAAGUAUAUAGGGCUAUACAAAGUGACAGUAUUUGUUUUGGAAGGAAAAUAUAUCAUUUGCUGUUGGAACAAAUUUAUGAUUAUCAGGUGCAGUCAUUGGUUUCAGGAGAAUUAGUAUCUUCUUCCUAUUCUUCCCUUCAAGCUGAUAAUAUCAUCAGAAAUGUGCUCAAUGUCAUCAUGAAGGAUAGCCACUCCUUGCCAUCAUGUAUUACUGUGCUGCCUCGUUCUCUUUUAAAAGAUAUGAUUUACAAGCUUCUAGUGCAUAUCUUCCCUUCAACUGACACUAAAAGUGAACUAAAAGAGAAAGAGGUUUUACCAGAUUAUGAGUUUGUGGAUGCAGCUUCAAAACUGACUGAUGAAAUUAUCAAAGAAAUUUCUGAACAUGAGAUCCGUCUUGCCACAGCAGACGAGAUUGCAGAAAGUAUGCAAUUAGAAGUGAUUGAGAAUUUGGUUGACUCUAUAUGUAAUAAUAUUUUGAAAAAAUCUGAAUUUCAAGCUGAAGUACAGAAAGAUGCAGACAAAAGAGGAGGUUCAUUCCUCAGUAAAAUAGCUGGUUUCAUUAUGAAGGAAAUCAUGGAUCAUCAUCUGCAGCCAUUUUUACAUGGUGAAGAAUCAUCUUCCAGUGACUUAUCUGGUUAUGACCAUGUCUCUGUAGUUACUAAAUCUGGUAAAGAAAAGACACAGCCUUCUCUAUAUUCAGCCACAUUUUUGGAAGAUGUAAUCGUUGACCUCGUUCACAAAUUUUAUUCUUUUCCAAGUAUUACUGAAGAGUCUAAGAAAAAUGAAAUGCCAGAGCCAGACAUUGUGGGCUUGGCUAUAAAAUUUGCAAACUCUCUGAUAGGAGAAUUUAGGAAAAGUGAAAUUAAAGUUCUACCAAAUGCUGAAGAAAUAUUCUCUUUUCCACCAAUUGAUAAAGAGACAGUUGAUAAAAUAUCCAAUUUUGUAUAUGAUCAGUUCAUAGGAAAUUAUGGAUCUAAAGAUAUUCAGAAGGAUGAUAAAAGUAAUGUUGUUAUAGAAAUGAUUGCUGCUUUAGCCCAGAAGGCAAUCUCUGCUUUCAAGAUUCAACCACUUUUUUCAGGAGACUGGUCUUCCACCUUUUUUUCAUUUCUAAAUCCAGAUAACAUCACCCAAAGGGUUCAACACCUACCACAGAAAACCUCUACACAGAUAAACAGAUGCUUAAAAGGAAACCAACUUACUUUACCCGAACAAUUGUAUAAAUACACUUCUGCAACCUCAGACCAGAAAAAUCUGUUGGACACUUCGGAAACAGAUAGAGGUGCAAUGAGUAGAAAGAAGAGUUUCAAAAAUGAGGAGACUUCAACGAAAAAAGGCGACAUCCAAGAUCCAAUAGUUACCUCUAUAUCUACAAUUAUGAAAAACAACAUGUUUAACCUGUUGUCAGGGUCACCUGCAGGUGUAGCAAAUAAAAACAAAGAGAAUAAAAAUAAAAUGGGAAUUUCAAUUCAAAAACUUAAUGAGAAUGUAUCAAAAGUUACUUCUCCAACUACUAGUGUGAAAAGUAAAGAUACUCAGGAGCCAGAUUUAAGGAUACCACUUAAAAACAAAGAAAUAGAGAAGAAAAGCAUAUCAGCUUCAAAAGAUGAGGAGGGGCAAGGUAAUGAAGUACAUACACAAUUUCCAAUAGCUACUGAUGUUACAGAAUGUGAGAAGGAAAUACUUGGACAAGAUUUUGAAAUAGACAAUGAAAAGAAGAUUGACAAAACAAGAGAAAAUUCAUUAAAAAAAGAAGACAAGUUCUUUCAGUUAUCUUCUUUGACAUCCAAAACAAGAAAUACAAGGACUUCAACAGAGAAAACUUUGAAAACAGUUGCUCAAAGGCCAAACAAUGAGGGGAGAAAAGACUCUCCAGUUCAAAUAGAUAUAAAUGAGGAACAACACUCAGAUUAUGAAUGUGUUCAAAACGUAAUUGAAAAUAUUUAUGAUGACGUCUUAGAAAUAUAUUAUUCUCCAGAAUCAACAGAUUAUUUAAAACUCCAGAGUCCCCCAAGUGAUACAGCAUUGGAUGUAAUUCAAGAGGUCGGCAAAGAUUUUGCACAAUCUAUUUCAGCAAAGGAUUUAUCCCUCUCAAUUAACAAAAAUCUCCCUGCCAAAGAGAAGAAAGAGAGAGAAGAGAAAGUUAAGGAGAAUAAAAAUGAACCUAGUAAACCGGACAGUCCUCAGUACCCACCAAAAAGUAAACCUGUAAUUUUUCCUGCUACAUUUUUAGAAGAUGUUAUCACUGAAAUGGUUAACAAAUUGAUCUUUUCUUCCUCACCAGAAACACAAACAUGUGAUAGAUGUCAAAAUGUAAGCGAUGAUGAAAAUCAAGCUGAACUGUAUGACACAGCUAUGAAACUUAUUGAUUCACUAUUAAAGGAGUUUUCAAAUGCUCAAAUUAAGGUAUUUAGGCCAGAUAAGGAAAAUCAGGUUUUUUCACCUGUAGAUAAAGUGUCAUCAGUUCCUAAAGUACCUCCCAGGUGUAAAGAAUCAACUACAGAUGAAGCAGCAUCUAGCAUUAAGAAAAUAACUGUGGAUAAUAUGCCACAUAUACAUAAAAUGACUAAAAAAUCCUCUUUGAAUAAGAUACCUUUUCUAGAUAAAAUACCAGCAAUUGAUAAAACAUUAGUCAACAAAGUUGUUCACUCCUCUGUAUGCAAUAUUUUGAAGGAAUAUAGAUCUCAAGACUCCAUUUGUAAGAAUAUAAAGAGUAAUGGGGAAAAUUUAGCAAGAAGACUAACUAGCACAAUGAUAAAGGAAAUUUUUCAACAUCAGCUUAAUUUGAUAUUUUAUGAUGAGGUUCCAGCUUCAGCAUGUUUCCCUCUGGAAUCUAAGGAUGUUGUUAAAAAGGUCCAAAAGGUGGCUCAAACAGCUAGCAAAGAAUGUCAAACAUCAUCACCAUAUACCGUCACACUGCCUCAUGAAUUUUUAGAGAAUGUGAUUUCUGCUCUUCUGUCUAAAAUUUUCUCAACAGUAUCCAACACCAAAGCAGAAACAUCUGACGGCAGUUGGUUCACAGAACUGGAUUUCCUUCAAAUGAAAUUAUUAAGUACAGUUACAACAGAGAUAUCCAAGGAUGAAGAUAUGCUUAUACAGUAUGUGGAAUCCUUACAUCCCAAUGAUGAUGAAAUUAUUCAAUUAGUGGUUGAUUCUAUUCAUAAUAAUCUCUUGUCACAGUUUGGAUCACAAGAGAUUAUACAAAAUUGUGUAGCCAGUGGAUGCAGAAUCCUUUCAGAAACCGUAGUUGACCUAGUUCUACGAGAAGUAGCUGGCAAUCAGUUACAGAACUAUUUUUCCGCAGACCUAACUCCACAUCAGUGUGCAGAAGUUGACCAUGUUGUUGAAAAUAUUCUUAAAGAUGUUAUCCAGACUGCUGAUGCUCCCCAGCCUCAACCAUCACAUGCUCAUAUACUACCUUAUAACAUAGUAGAAGAAAUUGCUGUAAACUUUUUAUCAAAGCUUUUAUCUAUGUUUCCAAAAGUGGAUAAGGAAAGAAACAAAUCUCUAGAAGCUGAAAUGCAAAAAAUAAUCUCAAAAAUAUUAAAUUCAAUACAAGAAUUUAUCUCCAAAAGUAAGAUUAAACUUGUACCACCAGCCAAGGAAUUGCCUAUUGUUCCUUUAGCUGACAAUGAAACUAUUGAAAAAGUAGUUAAUUCUGUUUACACCAGUGUUUUAAAGCACUCUGGCUCCCAUACUUCUGUAUUUAAAGAUUUGGUGGGUAACAGCAAUAUCCUCUCUGAUAUAAUAGGUUUUUUAAUGGUGAAGGAAAUUUCCAAUUCUGAAUUUCAGCCUCAAGUAGAGGAAGAAGUAUCAAGUUCAGAGUUAGUUCUAGAAGCUGUCAAAGUUAUGGAAAAAGUGGUCAAAAUUGUUGAUGAAUUUAAGCUCCAGGAAAAGUCUUCAUCCAAAAAAGGUUCUCUGUUAGAUGCCGUGUUUUUGGAGGAAGCAUUGGCCUUGUUCUUGGCUAAAAUAUUAAGGUUGCCAAGUGCCUCAAGCAAAGAUGCCAAAAACUUAUCAAAGCCUGAGUUAAAUAAAAUUGCAUCUCAACUGACAAAAUCUGUGACAGCUGAAAUUUCCAAAAGUAAUAUUAGUCUUGUUGCUGCUGAUCCUGAGGAACACUUUUUAAAUCCAGAAAGUAUAGAAAUUAUUUCUCAGGUUAUUGAUUCUGUUUAUAGUAAUGUACUGCAACAAUCUGGAACCCAGAAAGAACUUUAUUUUGAUAUAAAAGAUACAAACAGAGUUUUCCCUAAAAAAGUGGCUAGUUUAAUUAUUAAUGAAGUUUCAAAUUUUCCAUUAGAUAUAGUUAACUCAAAGAAUUCAAAUCCAAAUCUCUUUGGAGAUCUGGACAUUAAUAGAAUUAUUCAAAAGGCACAAAAGUAUGCUGUUAAAAUGAUCCCUGACUUAGAGGAAGAAGAGUCAGCUCAAGAUUCAGUUGGAGAGGAAUUUCCAAUUAAAAUAGUUCCACAUGUUGGGAAUAAACCGAUCAAAAUAGAUCCACGCAUUAUCGCAGAACACCUGGCAGUAAUUUCUGUAAAAACUCAACCUCUUGAGAAACUUAAAAUGGAGUGUUUAAGAAAAACUGGACAUAGCAUAGAAGAACUGAGAAGAGUGUCAAUAAGUGGGAAAGGUUACUCAUCAGACACGUCUGAUGUAGGAAAGAUGAGGAGAGAAAGACGUAUCUCAUUGGAUAAGACCGGACGACUAGAUGUAAAACCCUUAGAGGCUGUUUGCAGAAAUUCAUUUCGGAAUAUAAGAAAGCCUGAUAUCACCACGGUGGAGCUUUUAAAAGAUGUUCAGAGCAAAAAAGAUCUUAUCAUUCGGUUAGUAGCUCAUGAUAUUGAUCAAGAAGAUUCAGAAAGUAACACAGAAGAGGGACUAAUGUCUGAUGAAGAUGAAGUUGUUUUAAGAGAGAUUGUACAAGAAGAAUGCUUAGGAGAACAAUUUGAAGAUCAAGUGAAAGAAGUCAUAAAGCCAGUAGAGAGCAAAGCUGUGUCCCCCAAGCCAAUACGAAGCACAAGCAGCCUGAAAAAAUUUUUGUCAUUAAGCAAAUGUUGUCAACCCACAUCCAGUGCAAAUAUUGAAAGUAUUGAAGCAACCUCAAAUCAUAUAAUAGAACCUAAGGAGAGACAAGUUAAAAGAACUGUUGCCGAGCUUGACAUGGCCACUUACUCAACAUCCAUGACUGAAACAUACUCCUCUUGGGAGAAAAAAACACAGCGUAAGAAAGAAGAAAAGAAUCUUAUUACUGAACCAACACAUUACUUCAUACACAGAAUUAUGAGUUUAUCUUCAUACAACCAAGAAGACCUCAUUUCAUAUGCCAGUGAGACUGAAGAUCGUACCCCAGAUACAAGUGCGAAAAUAUUAGAAGAAAGUUCUCAGGAACAAAAGCCAGAGAGUUCAAGCAGUAUUAAGUUUAUCACCAUCUUUGAAGGAAACAAGAAUAUUCUUGGCAGUGUGCAUCCCUCAAAAGAAGUCAUUUCAGAAACUUCCAAGCCCAGUAUUUCCAAACAAGGAUCUAAAAUGCUGGAGAAGGUAUCUUCAGCUCUGGCAAAGGUGUUUUCUAGAACUAACACCAGUAUUUCCAAAUCUCCCUCACCACCUCACCAGGACAAGCACUGAAGCUUCUAUAUCUGAUAUAACUAUGCUUACUUCCCUUAGAAAAUAAAGUG